AUGGAAAAUGCACAAAUAUUGACCAAACUUAAACUUUUAUUUGAAAAAAUUGCAGAGCCUGGUUAUGUUAUGGAAUAUUACUACGCUGAUAAUUUCUUUAUUAAAUUAGGCUCCAGUGAUCAUGAAGUGUUAGCUUUAAAGUCUUUACCGAUAGUGCCAGAUAUGUUGAUAGAUGCGUUUUACCGCACAGAUAAUUAUCAUGUUACAGUAAAAGUCUUUCUAGUUAGACUUCUUGCCUUUAUUACAAAUAAUGAAGUGAACUUUGCAAAAUUCAGUGCAAAAAAAGGGCAUGACUUGGCUAAAGCCUUUGAUGAUAUUAAUUCUCCUGAUAUGCACACUAGCCUGAGAGUAGCAAAUAUGGAAGUUGCUUUGUCAUUGUUAAAUCACAACUCGGGUGUGCACUGGUUAUUAGAAAGUAAUACAUGGCAAAAGAUACUUACUUUGUGUAAUGAGAAGAGAACAGUAUUUAUAGUGAGGCAGACUUAUAAAUUUGUUUCCACAUUUAUUUGGAAAUUAAAAGACUUAGGUGAUGAUGCUAAUGUUAGAAAUGUUUUGGCAUUUAUUUUAAAACCACUUGAGGUGGACUUAGUACAAAAAAAAUCUAUAACUAGCGAAGAAGAGGAAGAAAUAUGUAAGACUUUUGAGCCUAUGUUACAAAUGCUCCUCAGUAUUGUAAGCAAUGAAAAAGCAAUUAAGUCAAACAAUUGUGUUAUGCACUAUUUACUACAAGAGAUAAAAAUAGAGACUUAUUGCCACAUUAUGCUGGAUAGGCUGAGAAGAGAGGAUAUAUGGUUACUUACAACAAAAUUUUUGUUCUGGUCAGCGAUUGGAAAGUUAUUUCUAAUAAAAACACUUCCAUCUGGUGUUAAAUAUGAGAGAGAAGACUUUAUGGAGUUGGCUGUGACAUACUUCAAUACCAUACAUAGAUUGAUUCAAAAACGAUCGCCUAAACUUUUAUUUGACUAUUGCAAUGCAUGUAAUAUUAUUUGGGGUAGAGUGUGGAAUCAUGAGGAGCCAAUAAGGUGGGAGGUCCAUGAGAAGCAUAUGGAAAUGCAGUCACAGUUGUUAAUUGUUAGCCUUGUUCCUCCACUUGUAUAUGUGACCCUUGGCAAAAACCAGUCUAUAGAUGAAAGUGAGGGAGCAGUGGAAUUAUACAUUAAUACAAUCAUGCAAUCCACAUGUGAGCACACAGCGAGAGCUGCAUAUGCUGUGAGGAACAUGAUGCUACAAUUGGAUGUUUUGCAAACAACAUUACUUAGUGUCAAACGACUAACAUUCCUUAAAAACCACCUGAACAAUGAACAAGCAAAUAUAGUAUUCCAAGCAAUGUUUUAUGUCAUUAAGGAAUUUGAGCCAUUUGAUGAAGAAGGUCUUAUCAGAACAAACUAUUGUUAUGGCGACGAAAUGGAUAAAAUUUCUGUGAUGGCCUAUGUUUUAGACACUUUGCUAUUCCUCAUAAGAAACUAUAACAUCAACUGGCAAGAGAGUCUUGAAGUUAUAUGUUUAAAUGCAGUUGUUUACAAUGUCUUAAAAAGGCCAAACUUAAGCUGUAAGUUUGUGGUGACAGCUCUUAACGUAAUUUCAACAACAAUAAAGAAGUCCUUAACACCAAAUUUAUCACUCCUACUGGAUACGAAGCCAGGUUCUGGUAUGCAUGAAAUCGGAAUGCUGUUAUACCUGAAGAUGCAUGAUCUAAACUGGGAGAUCCGAGACACAGCCCUUGAAUUACUGCUUAUUUGCACUGAAUUCUCCUUUAUAAAAUUUCCUUUUUUCCAAAAGCAGAUUUUGUCUCACAAGCUGAUAAAUGUUGCUAUGACUAUGGCGCUUAACGAUCAUGAGUUCUAUGUACGAGUAUCUGCCCUGAAAUGCGUGGGCGCAGCCAGCAAGGUGAGCGUACUUUGGGAACAGCUUAAAUCCGAGUACCCGAAUGUUCAGGAGCUGAUUCUGUCCAGGCUUUGCACAAAUCCUGAAGGAAUAGUCAGAAAGGAAGCGCUUAGUGUCCUCUGUGAAAUGUAUCAGAACGUUAAACACAAUCUCCACAUGAAAACCGCUCUUUAUAAUCAAUUUCUUGCCGCAUCGUUAGGCGAUUUUCACUGGGAGGUGCAAAUUAGCGCAUUGAAAUUUUGGCGAGUUGUCAUCCAAUCGUUACUUAGGGAUCAGGGGAUGUUAGAUGGAACAUUUCCCCCGGUUACCUUCUCAAUCGAAUCGAGAAAAAUAGUGACUUUAACUGACAAAGAAAUUCAAAAGAGAUUACUCAAGAUAUUAGAGGAGCUUGCGUACAUCGGAUGUUUGUCGGUUUUAGUGAAAUUGUUGCAUGAAGAUACAGAGGUGGAAGUUAUGGAGUUAGCAUUGUCUAUAUCAAACGAAUUGUUAGAAAUUCUAGAUAGAUAUAGGGUACCUGGUUUUCUUAGACCAAGCGAAAAUGAUCCAAGUAUAGAAGAAAUUUUAACACUCGAAGAAAAUAACAUCCACAGCGAAGAUAUUGAACCUCAACACAUUGAGGAAUCUGAAAACGUUAUUGACGGCAUACUGAAAUCAGACGACAUUAAUUUACUAGCUAGUAUAUACGAACGGCACAUGAAUAUUAAGACUGAAGAUUCAGAAUUACCUGAGACUAAUAAAAAGUUUACGAAGUUCGCUUCGCCCUAUCUUUUUGUUAGAUAUUUGAAAAGUGAAGACUUUAAGGGGAAAAUAGAGUAUAAGAAAAAUUGGAAGGAUGGUAUUCGGAGUCUGUCGUCGUUGAUGGACGAUGUUUUAGGCGUUUAUGAAGUCAACAGUGAAGUUAACAAUUUAGAUUGUUAUUGA